UGGAGGAGGAGGAGGCGGCUGUGGGAUUCCGCCUGGUUCCGUAGGCUGGAGGAGAGCCGAGGAAAGACUACUACAUCGGGCCGGGAAACUGGCGGAGUGUGGGCCGCAUUGGGAGCGUACACCGGAGCGGUGACCCCCUUUAUCCAUUAGCAAGAUGGUGAUGGCGUAUUUCCUGGACAAUUUCUGGGGGGAAAAGAAUAAUGGCUUUGAUAUCCUUUACCAUAACAUGAAACAUGGGCAGAUAUCGACAAAGGAGCUGUCUGAGUUCAUACGGGAGAGAUCUGCAAUAGAAGAGGCUUACUCCCGAUCAAUGACAAAACUUGCCAAGUCUACAAGCAACUGCACACAACUUGGGACAUUUGGUCCAGUUUGGGAUGUCUUUAAAACAUCGACAGAAAAGCUUGCCACAUGCCAUCUAGAACUUGUCAAAAAAUUGCAGGACCUUAUUAAGGACCUUCAGAAGUAUGGGGAAGAACAGCUGAAAGCACAUAAGAAGACUAAGGAGGAAGUAUCUGGGACCUUGGAGGCUGUACAAAACAUCCAGAGUAUUACACAAGCACUACAAAAAGCCAAGGAACUUUACAACAUCAAGUGUGUAGAGCAUGAGAGGCUAAAGAAAGAAGGAGCAGCUCCGAAAGAGAUAGAAAAGGCUGGAAUAAAAGCCAAAAAAGCCACAGAGAGUUAUAAGACCUGUGUGGAGAAAUAUGCUGCUGUAAAAUCGGAUUUUGAACAGAAGAUGGCGGAGACAGCUCAGAAAUUCCAGGACAUUGAAGAGGCACAUCUCGUUCGUGUGAAGGAGAUCAUCGGCUGCUUUUCCCAUUCUGUUAGUGAGGUCCACAUUCAGAUAGGCCAGGUUCAUGAAGACUUUAUAAAUAACAUGGAGAACAUCACAGUUGACACUUUGCUGGAAAAGUUUGCAGAAUCUAAAGGCACAGGGAAAGAAAGACCCGGUCCCAUUGAAUUUGAGGAGUGCAACGCUGCUGUUGCUGUGGAAGGGGUAAAGCAGAAGAAGAGAAAGACUUUUGGUCUUCCAACUAAGAUGAGGAAGAAGGAAGAUGCCGAGUCUGUGGAGAAUGCUGAUGCUGAUUCAAUUAACCUUCCUGCUGUUGAUGAAGAAGGAUACAGCUUAAAGCCGGAAGAAAACCAAAAUGAUACCAAAGAAAAUCACUUUUACUCAUCAAGUGAUUCCGAAUCAGAGGAUGAUGGACCUAAGAAAUUCCAUGUGGAGAUCAAACCUGUACAGCCAAACAAUGGACCUCAUCAUAGUGUGGCCUCCAUUGAUGAGCUGAAAAUGUCCAUUGGAAAUAUCUCCCUCUCUCCAGCACCUUCUCGGCAAAGUCCGGCACAGAUGACCAGGAAUGCAUCAAGUGAAGAGAUGACAAAGUUGAAAGUGCCUGGCACUAUGGACAGAGUCAACAGUGAUCUUUUAGCUUGGGAUCCAUUGUUUGGCAAUUCUGUGGAGUCAUCCUCCAUAUCAUCUUCCAGUUCAACAGUAUCGCCACCUGCACGCCCCACUACACCACUUUCUGUUGGCACAAUAGUACCCCCACCAAGACCUCCAUCAAGACCAAAGCUGUCUGCCAGCAAGCUGAUGGGCAUAAAUGAACUGCCAAGGCCGUUCAGCCCUCCAGUUACAUCUAACACUAGUCCACCUCCCUCCGCUUCUUUACCUCGUGCCGAAAGUUCAUCCUCUAUCUCCUCGUCCACUUCAAUUAGUGCAGCAAACACCCCUACCUUGGGUAUAUCUCGUGGCCCCAGCCCUGUUACCUUAGGAAGUCAAGACACACUACCUGUUGCUGUGGCGCUUUCUGAAUCUGUGAACGCCUACUUCAAAGGUUCUGACCCAGCAAAGUGCAUUGUGAAGAUAACUGGAGAUAUGACCGUGUCAUUUCCAACUGGGAUCAUUAAAGUGUUCACAAGCAACCCAUCUCCAGCAGUGCUCUGCUUCAGGUUGAAAAACACUAGCAAGCUCGAGCAAAUUCUACCAAAUACACAGCUGCUAUACAGCGAUCCAUCACAAAAUGACAGCAACUGCAAAGACUUCUGGAUGAAUAUGCAAGCAGUUACUGCCUACCUCAAGAAGUCUUCCGAGCAGAACCCCUCUGCUUCUUAUUAUAAUGUAGACAUCUUAAAGUAUCAGGUGUCCUCAAAUGGGAUCCAGUCCACUCCUCUCAACCUCGCCACUUACUGGAAGUGUAAUCCUAACACUACUGAUGUUAGACUAGAUUACAAAUAUAACCCAGAGUCUAUGGCAGUGCCCAGUGCUUUAUCGAAUAUCCAAGUUGUGGUUUCGGUGGAUGGAGGGGUCACAAACCUGCAGUCUAUUCCCACUGCAGUAUGGAAUGCAGAACAAAUGAAAGCCUUUUGGAAAAUGUCUGUGAUUUCAGAAAAGUCAGAAAACGGAGGAUCAGGAUCACUCAGGGCAAAAUUUGAUCUAUCAGAGGGGCCUAGUAAUCCUAGCACGCUGGCUGUACAGUUCAUGAGUGAUGGAAGCACCUUGUCUGGAGUGGACAUUGAACUUGUAGGAACAGGCUAUCGUCUUUCCUUAGUGAAGAAGAGAUUUGGCACAGGAAAAUACAUGGCCGACUGUUGAUUUUAAUUUAAUGUUUUUGUAAAUCAUGGGAUAUAAGGAAACUACUUUCCUCUUAAUUUAUCGGAAAUCUUCCACAUGCUGUUUUAAUUAUAGAUUUAUAUAUAAAUAUAUAUUUUUAAUUUUUGACUUGUUUAGAAGGUAUUUCUAUAUUGCUGCCAACUACAGAGCAUACAAAUGCACUUUCUAGGAGUCAUUUUGUGGAAUAUCUUUUGGACGUUGUAGCACUGAAGUUUUCUGCAGUCGUGGUUAAAAGUCUGCUAAAAUUUGGCAAAUUCUGUAUGUUUGUAUAGAGGCCACACUUUACUAUCUAAAUCACCAUUUUGUACCAGAAAAAAUACAUAGUUAUGUUUUGUAACAAAUUCAAAAUUUGCAGGAGCAUUCAGACCUCCAUUUAUACUGUGUUUUAUACACAUAUGAAUAGCCAGUCCAGCGUUAUUUAAAUAAUUAUUCAACUUUCAAAUUCAGGUAUCAUUUCCCCACCACUUGAAUUGAACCUAUGACCCACACUCAGUGGGGCCAGCCAUUAUGUGGACUGGUCUAGUAUGUGUACAAUGGUAGCUGAUUAAAGGAAAACUACAAUUUAGUAAAUGCAUAAAAAGUAUCUCCCAUCCUUCAUCUCUGCCAUUCUUUUUUUCCUAUAUUGUAUCAUAAAAAAACGGAGAAAUACAUAGAAAAAUAUUUUCUGUGUCCCAGGAGCUCGGCCAUCUCGCUUUUCCUCCUCCCCACUGUCCUUUGACUGUAAGACAACAGGAUGGAGCAGAAGCCUCCCUGCUGUGUCCUGUCUGGAAUAGGACAAUAACAUGAUUAGCCCUUGCCCACUUUAAAGGGGUUCUCCAGGAAUUUAAAAAAAUGAAAAUACUUAAAUAUUAUUUUUUAAUAAAUAUAUUCACAAAUACCUUUCAUUACUUAGAAUGGCUUGUUUUGUCUAG